GAAAUCAACUAAUUUACCUAACAUUCUUUUCUUCUAUUUAAACCCCUCUCCUACACAUUUCCAACUCCCCUUUCCCAAAAACACAAACCUUAAUUUUCAUUCACAAAAUGUCUUCUUCUCUUUACAUUCUUUUCUCACUUUCCCUCUUUUCUCUCCUCAUCCACCCUACAUUCUCCCAAUCCACCUGCGAAUCCACUAAAUUCUCCACCAACAAAACCUUCGAAAAUUGCGAUGAUCUCCCCGCCCUCAGCGCAGUCCUCCACUGGACUUACGACGCCUCAACAUCCUCCCUCUCCAUGGCCUUCACCGCCUCGCCCCCGACACCCGAUGGCUGGGUUGCAUGGGCCUUGAACCCAACAGACACCGGUAUGGCCGGUGCCCAAGCACUCGUGGCCCACAAGGGAAAACCCCCGGGUCCAAUUACCGUGGAAACGUAUGACCUCAAGGGCUACCAUGAAAUCAACAAGGGCCCCAUUUCUUACAACGUGAGUUCCAUCUCCGGCGAGGAAUCCUCCGGUGCGAUCACCAUAUUUGCCACGUGGGUUAUACCACAUGGUAAGAUGGCGGUAAGCCAGGUGUGGCAGGUGGGCCCUAUGGUUGCUGGGACUGUAGGAAAGCAUGCAUUUGAUCAAGCUAAUUUGGCUGCCAAGAAAAAGCUUAGCUUAACAGGUAGCAGUAGCAGUAGCAGUAACAGUGCUGGAUCUCCUGCUGAUUCGCCGUCGGGUUCUUCGUCUGCGAAAACCGACACUUCGGCUCCGGCACCGGGGACUGGUGCAGGGGAAAGACUAGUUUCAGGAGUUUUGGCGUUGGGGGCUAUUGUAGUUUCCUUGUUUGUUUAAAAAUAACGGUUCAAUAUUUUGUAAUCUAAUUCCUCAUUUAUUUUACACAUUUUCAAUUUGGGUAAAACUAUACAAUUUUUAGAAUGUCGUUUUAUUAGGGGAUUGGUGAUUUUUACUUCUUCCCCCCAUUUUAAGGCAUUGUGUAACAAUUUUUUUGUUUCUCUUCCAAAA